GGCCUGCAUUUGCUUUUCGACUCCCUUCGGCGGGCGGCGGGGCACACGACGAGCGCUCGCAUUCUCUUCUCUUUCGAUCGUCAGCCUAGAUCGCCAGCCUGCCUCCGGGCUUUGCACUUGCGGCAUCUUAAAAGGGCUUCAUGUGCCGCAAGGAGUUGAUGGGUAUGUAGGCCGUCUGUUUGCUGACGAGACGAAAAGGCAGGUGCGACCCCUCCGUACUGUCGACAGCCCAACGUAUUAACAACCCUCAGCUCAACCACGACUCCUCCCAUAGCCUUUCACCCUUCAUCCCCCUCCAACAUCAUGGCGAUGGCACUCGCCAUGGCCUACCACCGGUACGUCAUCAACAUCGAAGACAGUCCAGAGCCACAGCCUCUUGCUCCCUCGCCCGCCCCUCCGGGUCCCUACUACCCUCCCAGUCCUAGCUACCCUCCCAGUCCUAGCUACCCUCCCAGUCCUAGCUACCCUCCCAGUCCUAGCUACCCUCCCAGACCCAGCCAUCCUCCCAUGUCGCAGUUCAAUCCCAGUCCCAGCUACCCUCCCAGUCCCAACCACCCUCUCAGUCUCAGCCACCCUCCCGUGUCGCGGUUCGAUCCCAAGGACCCGGAAGGCUUUCUCCGGAGAUGCUCCGGCUUCAACAAGAAGAAUGGAUUGCGCUGCAGCGGCCGCAACUCCCACUACACUAAGAAUUCGCAUUCAACCUUUCUCCCCACCUGCCACGCGCACAAGGAUCAGCAGAGCUAUGCUGGAUGGUGCCAGUUCAUCGAAUGGGAUGGGGAGCGAUGCGGAAAGCUAUUUCGCUGGACGCCGCCAUACUUCGAGCUCUGUGCUGAGCAUCAAGGCCACCCGGACGCGCCUUGCUUUUUCCUGAAGCUUCCUCUCGAAUUAAGGCUGGAGAUUUUUCGUUAUCUAUUGCCCACAAGGGCAAUCGGGUCAUCGACCUCGCUGUUGCAUAUUGAGGAAGAAGAGGACUACCCCCCGGGAUGGUAUCACGUAAACUCGCCACCUCGAGUCGCCAUCCCUCCUAUUGGGGGAGUGUUCGGGCGAAACACUCUUUCUGCACUCGAACGCUCUACGACAAGUGGCGUCUUCCCGAUGCCGCUACUGAACUUGCUCCUCAUUAAUCGGCAGAUGUACGGCGAAAUCAAGGACCUGCUAUACACCGACGUUCCGUUUACGAUCGAUGUCCGCAGAGACGGGACGUACAUGUGCGGAAGACGGCUCCUGGAGCCGAGGAGACCGGACGGAUCCUCGCAUUUUGUGGUAGAUGAAAUAGAGUAUGCGAAGAACAAGUUCUUGAAGACGUUCGACUGGGCUGCAGUCAAGAAUUACAACGUGGAUAUCCUGGUGGAGAAUGGAACGGAUGAGAGGAUUGGAUGUUGGUGGGAUGAGGAGGUCGAGGUCUAUGACAUCCGAGACUACCUCGGCGUCGUUGUUUCCGGAAUCCUCAGCAAGUCCCAGCAUCUCUGUAAGCUCAAUGUUCGCGUCGGUCUCUCAAAGUUCCAGUGGUCAGAGGAAACGCUCCUUGACAACAUCAAGACCCUCGUUGGUCCAUUCGAACGACUUAGGAAUGUGCGGCAACCACGCUUGUGCGCAGUUUACGGAGGGACACCAACCACCAACUUCAUGAUGAGCCUUCCGCUGCCUUCGCACAUCGGGAACUCUGGCGCCUCGGGACCAAACCAACCGCAGCAGAACCCCAUGCGAACACCACUCUGCUCCAUCCCGCGACUCCCCGCUACCCACGUCCUUCUGUGCCCUGGCGAGCACACCGGCUUCGACGCGUAUCGCUCUCGCUGGGAAAGCUGGAUCAGCUCUAACUCCGCUAGCUCUCUCGUCCGGGAGCCACCCAUCCGCGCGAUGUUCACCGUGUUCAAGGAAUACUACACCAAUCUCUCUGCCGUUGUCCCUGACGUAAUGUCGCAGCAGGGUAGGCACGCCUUUCUGCAUCGUGCAAGAGUAGCGAGAGAGCAGGAGGAUGUGGAAGCAUUCCGGAAGCUGUGUAAUGAAUUGGUAGGGUACUGGUAUGCGUAUUUGCAACAAGAGGAGAGGAAGAAGGAAGAUAUGGAUAAGAGGAUGAGCAAGAUGCUGGAUGCUGAUGUGUAUCCUACGUCGUUCGAGCUGGAUGCUGAUGUGUAUCCUGCGUCGUUCGAGGAUGAGUUUAUUGAGCGAGGAGCUUCGGGGUCAUCCAGCUCCGGUUCGAACGCGCAUUCUCCAGUGUUGCUGGAUGUGGGCGCUAUGAGCAAGGAAGGAAUCCCGAUGCAAGGAAACCCCGUUAACGAAGUUCAGCGGCGGCAGAUGCACCAACAGGCGAUGCAACGUCAACUCCGACACAGCUAUCAACAACCAAUCGGAGGUAGCAUGCGACUGCCGCUUGCCUCCGCGAAUCCACAGCAGCAGCUCCAGAAUGGUCAAACUAUGGCUCUAAACCCACGUCUCAGCAAUCCUCAGCAACGGGCCCACCAGGUGGUUCAGCAUCUACCACCGCAUGUGCGGCCACCGAUGCUGCAGCGCAUAGCGCAUGCACAGCAGGCUGCACAAGCAAAUAGAGCGCAGUCUGGAGUGUUAUCAGCGUUCUCGCCUACGGUGGCGCAGCCGCAGAGUAGCACAUUGCCGACCAUGCCUACGCAGCAACAGGGAAGCGAAUUCAUGAAGGUGGUGCAUAGUGAUAGUUUUUCGCAGCCUGUGGACGGCACGUCCCCAUCCUCUUCGAAAGCGAGCUCCCCAGUUGAGACCAAGUCGCAUAUCGACCCGGACACGGAAUUGUCUCGUUACACUCACGGGCUAGAUCAUGAGGAGGAUCUUUCGAAUGGCAUUGAGCGCACAUGGGGCCCUAAUGACCUUGCACCCGAGGUUCCAGUAGCUCUACCUUACUCAGAGCCGGAGGCUGAAGGGUCUCAAGACUUUUCCAAGAGUAGAGCGAAUUCGGCCAUGGGAAGGAUGCAUGUAGAAGAGGUCGAGGAAAAUAAUUACGGUUACGCGUUCGACAACCGCGAUUUUGCAGAAUGGACUACAACGCAUAGGAUAUAAGGGGAAAGGAAAAGCACAGGCUGAGGAGCCCGAUGUGAUGUGGCUCGACUGAAAUAUGCUAUCGGGAAGCUGGAAGGGCUGGAAGAGAUAAUAAUUUGGAAUCGGGCCUCCUAUGGAGGAAAAUGUCUUGGGGAACAACGAGGUGGAUGGGCUAUGAAGGUUCUUUCGGUUUCGAUUGCAUUCUCAUCGUUGGAUAUCAGGUAGCGGUUACC